AUGACUGAAGAAAAGGAGUUCUGCAAUUUGCAAGCGCGGCCUCCCACCCCUCUCGAGAUACACCCAUCCCAACGGGUCGACCAGGAGAAAGGGCUGCAUGUUCACAAUGUGUUAUUAAUGCAACAGAACCGUCCUGCAAACCCCUAUCAUAGCCCUUAUCACUGGCGUUUCCGCAGAAAGAUGUUGGUAUCGGUGGGUGCAAUUGCAUCUUUCUUGGUAAUUACGUUGGCGACUUCAAUCUAUGUUGCGAGCAUCCCCGGAAUCAUGGUUGAGUUCAAAGUCGGAAGAACACUGGCUAUUUCACCACUCACAUUUUACGCCAUGGGCUUCAUCUUUGGCCCUAUGUUUACCUCAGCAUUAUCUGAGGAAUUUGGAAGGCAAUGGAUCUAUAAGAUCUCGCUGUUUCUUCAUCUGGUACUGACGGUCGUGGCGGGUUCCGCGAAAAACUUCACCACUAUUGCCGUGUGUCGCGCGAUGUCAGGUCUCGUGGGCUCUCCCUCGGUGACAGUCUUUGCAGGAGUUCUCAAUGACAUGUGGAAAAUGCCCGAGGACAAAUUCGCAGUUCCCCUUUUCAUGCUCUAUGGACUAGGAGGAGCUGUUGCUCCAGAGCUAGGACCUGCGAUCGGCGAGUCCAUCGUGGCGUCCCAUGGCUGGCGAAGUACAUUCUGGCUGACAGCCUUUCUCGUGGGGAUUUGCCUGGUUCCCAUGAUGUUUGUGCCAGAGACAUUUGAGCCUGAGAUCAAACGGAAGACGUUGAACCUUCCGCGCGACCAUUGGCGUAAGGUUUUUGUCGCUGCGUUUGCGCGCCCGAUUCGUAUGCUGAUGGUUGAGCGCAUCAUCUUCCCUACUGCAUUUGUUGUGACAAUGAGUCAAGUGGUUCUUUUUAUUCUCUAUGCCGGCUACCCGAUUGUGUUGCAGAGGACUUAUCAGUUUUCGUCUUACCAGGCGGGAUUGGCUUUCUUGCCGCUCUUCGCAGGAUCUUUGCUGGCAGCACCUGUGCUAUCUUUCCUGGAUCGACGUAAACGUGCACUUGAUAAUCCAACUCCCGAAGAUAGUCUUAGUGGGGCUUUCCUGGCAGCCCUUCUUCUUCCAGCUAGUUUAUUCUGGUUGGCAUGGACAGUUCGUCCCACUAUUCACUGGAUCUGCCCCAUACUUGCUGGAGUUCUCUUCGGACUUGGCUUUGCCCUAUCACAGGUGAAUAUGCUCCCUGUGUCAAUUGUACUUGUGCGCAAAGCCUGCUGA